AUGUUUCUGUUCCCUCUCCUCAGUAUCAGCUCCCCCAUGCUUCUGAUUGCCUUGGCUGUGUUCGUCGGUGCCUUCUACAUCAUCCACCUCAAGUCUCUGGAGUCCAAACUGGUUAUUCUCGGCAAGCAGCUGACCGUCCCUCACCAGAUGGGUCUGGCUGGAGCCGUUUCCCUUCCUGUGUUCUGGUUGGCUGGAGCCGGAGCCGCAGUGUUUUGGGUUCUGGGAGCGACGCUGUUUGUGAUCGGCUCUCACGCUGCGUUCAGGGAGCUGGAGGGGUCGGACAUGGAGGAGCUGCUGAUGGAGCCGGUGUGAAGAGGAGGAGCCGCUCCUCCAUCACUCUGACCCUCACGGGUGGAGGAAGGACUGAUCCCACAUCUGAUCCUCACUAUGUAUUCCCUUUAUUAGAAUGCACCUUGUCUUACCUAUAAAGUAGUUGAUGUUACAGACUGUAUUGAUAUUUAUGCAUUCAUACACAUAACUGGCCAAAUGCUCACAUUGUAAUUUGUCGUAUUUAGGCACAUUAUAAUACAGAUGAUAUGCCUUUCUCUACACACAGUAUGUUAUACCUUGGAUGCCUCUGGUUUGUGUCAAAUACCAUCUCGCUCGCCAUAAUGUUGCACUAUCACAUAUCUUUCAUUUUCAAUUCAAGUAGAAGUACUAGUAGUCAUUUACAGUUUCCAAUAAUAAUGCAUAAAUACAUAAUAAGGGUUUCAUUUGAAGAAAAAAGAAUUGUCUGUCCGUUAGAUAGCUUCAGAAAUAUCUUCUAUAUCCAACCCAUCGGACAAGUUUGCUGCUUCUUUAUUUAAAGAUACACUAAAUGCAAUGUUUCCAUUCUAAACAGCUAAAGAAAUAUACAUUUUCCAAAGGAAAAGUGCAAU